AUGUCUUCUCCAAAGUCCACAUGGAUUAUUGACUCGAGUGAUAUGGAUCACAUGACAUUUCAUCAUAAGCAACUUAUUAGUCUCAAACCAUCCACUCAGUCAAUGGUGUCCAAUGCUAAUGGUGAGGCAAAUUCUAUUACUUGGACUGGGCACCGAAUAGUGAAACCAAGGUUAGUCAAGCUUUCACAACAAGUGGAGCUAGUUCUUAGAGGUAGAGAGACAAAGUUUGGUUAUAGCAUAAACGUCUUGGGCAUUCCUCGUUCAGUUAUUUGA